AUGAAGCACAAACCUCUCGUCAAGUAUCGCGCCAUCUCAGCUGCGAGCUGUGGCCUGCUCUUCGUUGCCUGUUUGCUUUUCCUCCUCGUCGGGCUGUCCUUACCUAUCAUCAAGACCAUAUUUAUUUUGGAACUCAAAUCCACGUCAAAGCCGCAACCUGUUACAAGCGUGGCGACAGAGCUGAGAUUUGGUGUUUGGGGAGUCUGCGCGACGGGAGCGCUGAACGCGCCCACCCCUCUUGAGAACAACGGCGAAUGCAUUGGACCGCACCUUGGGUAUGAAGUUCCAGCGAGCUUUGCAGCUGACGUUGGUGUCUCGCAAAGCGUGGUAACGAUCGUCCAGAAGGCACUUCUAGUCGUCCUCGUCCUCCACCCUAUCGCUUCGGGCCUCUCUCUUAUCGCGCUCAUCUCCUCGCUAUACCUGGAAUCACACGCCUUCUCGAUCUUCACUCUCUUCCUCACCAUCGUUUUAGCGCUUUUGGCCACCCUUGUGUUGACGAUUGAUAUUGCCAUCGUGGUAGUUGCGAAGAACACGGUGGCAAGCCUUUCUCAGUUCCAUUUCGAUGUCAAAUUUGGAAAUGCGGUCUGGAUGGCACUCGUCGCCGUUAUCUUUAUUUGGACUGCUGUUAUCCUGUUGUCAGCGAGGGCCUGCUAUUGCUGUGGUGUACGGCGGUUUAAAAAGGUGUGGUGGAUAUCCUGCAAACGUCUUGCGUUCUGGGGCGCAGAAGAUGUACCCACGACUCGGCCCUGUGUUAUAGUCCAGUCAGAAAAAAAGAAAUCGACCCAGUUGAGUAAUCUCAAUAGCCGCAACUAUAGCAGCAACUCGUUUCGAUCGAGUGACCUCGGGGUUAUGGGCCCCGCGCGCUUCCAGCUGCGCCAUGCUGCUGGUACUCUAAUCUCGGCUCCAGAUGUGUAG